AUGGUGAAACGAGGCCGGCCGUCUCUCAACCUGACGCCCGAGGAGCGCGUUCAGCGCCGCCGGCUGCAACUCGUUGCCUCCCAACGCAAGCGCAGGGCCCAUAAAAGGCUCGCCCAGCAGCCCAAGGCCACGGAAUCUCCCGACUCGCUCCCGGUGAGGCCGGAUGAGGAGGCGCUUUGUCAGUUUUACGAUGCCAUGUUCUCGGACGGUGACGCAACCAAUGCCAGCGCCGCUCGCAAGAUGCCAUCAUCAUCAUCAUCGGAUCCUCACCCUCACUCUCACUCUCACUCCUACUCGCCGCCCACAGUCUGCCACAACUGCGGAUCGGCACCGCUGGACAUGGCCGCCCUGACUGCGGUCGUGUCCGCUCAUUCACCGGCAAGUCUUAUGAGGACUUCCACCCUAAGAACAGAUACUUAUGCUUCAUCCUCCAGACUCGCCGGCCCGAUGCCGUCCUCAUCAACAUGGGAUGAAUACCCGUCCACGACGACCGCGCCUGACAAACCAGGCAUCGACCAACACUUCUUCACCGACGAGCAUCUUGCGCAAGCGUACAACGGUAUGCCUCUGCUGGACUCUAUACUCGACUCAUUGGAGCCACUUGGCAUGGGCUUAGGCGGCAACUCUUUACUGGGUGAAUUGACUCCAACCUCCAACCCGGAGGCGGAGGGAAUCAGCGCGCCAGCCCCUGCCAAGGAGACGGAGAAUGUCUUUCUGCUCGGCCGAUUCAGCACAGUGAACAACGAAUGGAUGCCGACGAAUGGAAACGAGACAUCGUAUGCCGUUGAAAAGGCUAUCGCAUCCCGCCGGCCACCGUCUCCAUCUCCCGAAGAAGAUGAUGACCCAACGUUAUCUGGCGAUAGUGUCGAUCCCUUACCGCCAUGGGCGGGAGCUAAGCAAUUAAUAUUCAUGGGGCUCUAA